UGGCGCAGUUAACGUUCGACCUGCCCAGUCGAGGUUAGGACGUCGUUGGAGGUGGUUGGCAGUGUGUCAGUGUCCGUUGACACCUGCGCCUUUUUUUUUUACCGAGAACAGACGAUCGUAAGUGCCGGUUUAUUCAGAUUUAGUACAGCGAUCAGCCAGGAGAGCAAAUUCAGAAAGAGACAGUCGCGUUGUAAUAAGUCUGGUGGUUAAGUGGGAGAGAAGCUUAACUUACUUUAAAACGUGGGUGGUGUGUGUGAGUGACUAAAUUUCCUCUUAAGUAAAGGAAGAAAGCCGUGAGCGGUAACGUUGGCCUGGAACAUUGGGUGCGGCCGCGCCGCCAUUUCGUGAAAGCGAUCAGGAGGGCUAGGAUUGACGGGCGAUCGUGUGCAAGGCGCAUGCGCAGCUCGCUGGCAAGUUCGCGUUGGCUGUUGAUGCUGCGUCGUGAAAGGUGGAAUCGAGGUGGCGUUUUCCAAUUGGACGAGGGGGAGGCGGAACUCGGCGACGUGUUGGAGCGAGCGGUGUGACUUGCGUGGGGUUCUGCCUUUCUUGAUGUCAGACUGCGGCAACCAAGGGUGGAGGAGCUACUCUACCUUAAGCGAUACCAUGAGUGGUUGUCGUGUAUUCAUCGGAAGGUUGAAUCCAGCCGCCAGAGAGAAGGAUGUGGAGAGAUUCUUUAAGGGAUAUGGACGCAUCCGAGAUAUUGAUCUGAAGAGAGGUUUUGGAUUUGUGGAGUUUGAAGAUCCCAGAGAUGCUGAUGAUGCAGUCUAUGAAUUGGAUGGAAAAGAGCUCUGCAGUGAAAGAGUCACAAUUGAACAUGCCAGAGCCCGCUCUAGAGGUGGAAGAGGCAGAGGACGUUAUUCUGACCGAUUUAGUAGCCGCCGCCCACGAAAUGAUAGAAGAAAUGCACCACCUGUAAGAACAGAAAAUCGUCUCAUUGUAGAAAACUUGUCUUCUCGAGUCAGCUGGCAGGAUCUCAAAGACUUCAUGAGACAAGCUGGGGAAGUAACAUUUGCAGAUGCACACAGGCCCAAAUUAAAUGAAGGGGUGGUUGAGUUUGCCUCUUACAGUGAUCUAAAGAAUGCUAUUGAAAAACUUUCUGGCAAGGAAAUCAAUGGAAGGAAAAUCAAACUAAUUGAAGGCAGCAAAAGACACAGUAGGUCUAGAAGCAGGUCUCGCUCCCGUAGCAGGAGCUCUUCAAGAUCUCGUAGCCGUUCUCGGUCCAGAAGCCGCAAGUCUUACACCAGGUCCAGAAGCCGAAGCCGUAGCAAAUCACGCUCAGUUAGUCGAUCUCCUGCCCCUGAAAAGAGCCAGAAACGUGCUUCCUCAAGUAGAUCAAAGUCUCCUGCUUCUGUGGAUCGCCAGAGAUCGCGCUCAAGGUCAAGAUCUGUAGAUAGUGGCAACUGAAUUGUGCAGCUUGCCUUGGAACUUUAAAACCAUACUUGCUAAUAGUUGUGGUAAGUAUGUGACUUUUGGGAAAGAGGGACUGAACCAGGGGAGGGGGAGGGUUGUUACAGCUUUGUAAAUGUGGACCAUCAGAAAAGUUACUGAACUAAUUGUAUUCUCUUUUUGAUAAAUCUUUUUCCUGCUCACUUCAUUAAGUCAGAAGUGCAUAGCUUUAUGUAUAUUGCUAGAGCUCUUUGAAAAAAACUAAUUUUUUUGUAUUUAAAGAGAAUCCUACUGAACAUUUUGUUCUCAGUAUACUCUAGUAAUUGGAAUUUGGGAUGUUAAAUGUUUUAAAUUGGUUAAUUGAGCUUUACACCAGCUGUAAAUAAAGCUUUAUUUCAGGUUUUGGGAAUGAAUCCCAAGUAUUUGUUUGCUGCCUUGGCCAUAUUUCCAAACAUACUGGUCAAAACUCACAAUAAAACUAUUUUAAAAAAAAA